GCUGAGGUAUCUGGGCGCAAGCCAAAUCUAGAAUGCUAUCAACAUGUCUGUUCAAUCGGACCAUUCAAGGCGUCGCUCAAGGGUCCUCCCGAGGUCAAAGCUAGGAUGCAAAACUUGCAAAAUUCGACGAGUCAAGUGCGGAGAAGAAAAGCCUAGCUGUGUUCGAUGUACCAGUACAGGUCGCAAGUGUGACUUUGAAGCCAUACGGCCCUCUUCCACAAGCUCGGUCAUCGUCAACCCUUUGUCAUUAUCACCAAACACUAAUACGGUGUGGCGAGAGCGACGUGCAUUUGCCUAUUAUUUCGAAUGUGCUGCCUUCUCUAUUGGUGGUGGAUUGGAUCUUGAUUUCUGGCGCACUGUCGUCCCACAGGUUUGCCGCUAUGAACCUGCUGUUUGGGAUGCCAUCAUCACCAUUAGUGCGCUGUUUGAGUGCCCUCAACAAUGCCCAGAUCCCGUGCUACAACGUCGUGAUAAUCCUAUCUCUCUCACUAAAACCCGGCAAGACGCUUUGGGCUGGUACUCGCGCUCGGUAUCUGCUGUUCGCCAGCGCAUUGAGCAGGGUAGCGUAGACGCCUUUGUCGGACUGAUCAGUUGUGGAAAUGCAGACGGGGCAGUUAAGCUUUACCGUCAAGGCGUGCAGCUCAUUAUCGCCUUGCGUCCCCAACUAGAAUCUGGGGCUGCUAGUAAAGCUUCAUUGUUGGAGGAUACGAUUAUCCCGAUCUUUAUCCGUUUGGGAACAUUCGCUCUUGCCAUCAGUGGGGCUCCUGUGACCGCUUUACUACGAGACACCGAACAUGCCUUGACGGAACAGUUUGACUCACUCAAGUCUGCUCGCGAGGCGAUCGUGCUCUUAGCUAUAGAGAUUCCGCUCUUUGAAACCACUUGCAUAAAGCACUUACUCCAGGAACAUGUCUUAUAUGUGCCCGAGGAAUUCAAUAUUAGACUAUCCAGUCUGGCCGCCAAACUGAGGAACUGGCGUACUGCCUUUGAUAAGUUGAUGACAGUUCUUCGCGCCAAAGACAUCUUAUCGCUGCAACAGAUUGGUACCAGUGCCCUUCUGUUAAGUUAUCAUGAAAUGUUGUAUGUCAUGCUCGAGACCUGCACGUCAUUCUCAUUGAUGCAAUUCGACGCCUAUCUACCAAACUUUCAAAAUAUCGUUGAACAAUCUGCCAUUGCACCUAAAGCCUCGAUGCGACCAGACGGCACCCAACCACCAUUUACAUUUGACAUCAAUGUUGGUCUUCCGCUUUGGUUCACCAGUCUUCGAUGCCGUGAACCGCGUACCCGACGCGCGGCACUCGCUCUACUCCGCCAAGCGCCCUGGGUGCAAGGGUUUUACCAGUGCUCAAUAUGGGCAGCCGUGGGCCGAACAGUCAUGGACCUAGAAGAGUCACAUGCAAUGGCAAUGGAUUCAGUCCAUCAUACACCCAAUCUUGGUGCACUGGAGUCCGCAAACGGACCAAAUUCCAGCUCCGAACUUGCCGCAAGCUCAUAUUCUGGUCAUGCGGAUAUGGGGCCGAGAGUACCAACAGCACUGGUUAUCCCAGAGGAGGUGCGCAUUGGGCCCAUUUCUGCUUUUCGACCAAUGGAUGGGUUUCCCCCUGAAACCACAGAGGCAGAUAUCGCGAAGUGGAACCGGGGCCCUGAUCAAGUCUUUCUGCGGAUUUCCCGAAACGAGCGCGGUCUGACUGGCAAUUCUUGCCGGAUGGUGUACGAAUACUUUCCCCUUGACUUUUGA